AUGGCACAUGAAUCGUCUGCUACGAUGGUUAUUGAUGAAAUAAAUCGAUUAUCCGUUGCUUAUGAAAAAGCAAAAGAAUAUGUUUCAAAAAUAGCAUCAUCUAUUGAACAACAAAUUGAUAUAUGGCAAUAUCGUCGUCAAGUUAUUCUUGAUCAAGUAAUUCAAAUGAAACCAUCAUCUUCAUAUGAUUUUCUUCUGCCAAAAACACAACGUAUUAACGAUUUAACAUUGGAAGCUGUUCAAGCAUUAUGUCGUGUGGAUUUAUUAAUCGAACAAGUUCUUCGUAUUGAUCCUAAAUCACAUCUUCUUUCAGUAUCAACGACUCAAUUAGGAACAAAUAUACCAUCAUCUCAUGUUCGUCAUUCAACUCCUUCAUUAAUUAAACAACAGCAGCAGCAAACAUUUAUUCCAGCUGCAAAAGUUAACGAACAACCACCAUUACCAGUGCCGGUAUUAAGAAUGUCACAACAAGCACUAUCUGGUCGUGUAUCAGCAUUAAUUACUGAAGAAAAACCCGGUUUUAAACCGAUAACACACCGACUAUCGCCAAAUAAUUUAGAAAAUGCAUCAAGGCCAUCACCGAUCUAUCCAUACAAUGGCAACCAAUUUCUUCCACAAAAAGGACUUCAACCUAUUCGUCCAACACUACCAUCAUACAAUACCGUUCCAUUACAAUCGGAUCAUGCACCUUCACCGUUUGUAGCACCGCCAACUAGCCAAUUGGCAUCGAAUUAUAAAAUGCAUCAACAAAUUCGUGCUAAAGAAAAACUUAAAUUACAACGUAUUCCGUCUGGUACAAAAUGGAAACAGGCAAAAAUCGAUAUUAUUGAUUCAUUAUCAGGAUUUUAUGUGGAAAAUCUUGAUGCAAAAGUAUGCGAAAAAUUUGGUCAAAUGCAAAAUGAACUUCAUGAUUAUUAUAAUCAAUUAGAAGUAAAUAAUCAAUUAAUGCCAUUGGAAAAUAUUGCUAUUGGUGAUUUUGGCGUUGCAAAAUACAGUGAAGAUAAUCGUUGGUAUCGAGCACGUUUAAUAACCUGCGAAGGACAUGAUCAAAUAAAAAUUGUUUUUGUUGAUUUUGGAAAUAUUGAAAUUAAAUUGAUUCAUCAAUUUUUUCCACUUCACAAAUUAUUUACUGAUUUACCAGCACAAGCUAUUGGCUGCAGUCUAUCAGAAGCUUUUCCUCGUUCACAAAAUGAACAUGAAGUAAUAUGGAGCGAAGAUACAAUUCAAAUAUUUAAAGAUGAAGUAAUCGACAAAGUAGUUGAAAUUCAUUUUGUUAAUCAAGAAGAAGGAACUGAACAAUGGCCAUUACAUUUUGUUCGAAUCAUGGUUGAUGGUCAAUCUGUAACAAGUUUAUCUAGCUUUCAGCAACGUAUUGACCCAAGACCAAAUCGUUUUAUUGCUGAACAAAUGGCACCUUUUCUCAGUCAACAGGAAUAUAUUCUAUUCAAUGUACCUAUUAGUGAAGAUGAUUUUGAACAAUAA